UAUUAUCUGAUUGCUUCGUCGUUCGAACAUUCAUCCUCCGUAUAACUACGGAUCCCUCGACAACCGCCUUGUUAGGUCAUUCGGUGUCACAAAUUGCAACCUUGGAUCUUCUUUUUUGCUAUUGAACCUUUGAUUUUUGUGAUUUUUCGGUUCUACACAGUUGUCGUAAUCGUCUAUCUGCUACACGACGCCUUCCAAGAUAUUCACCUGAUUAGGGGUUUUGAAAUCGAAGAUAUCCACCUAAAUCGUGCGAUCGGAUUAAGCGUCUCCAGCGUAAGACUUGUGAGUUUGUGUUUUCUUUUUUAUUGAUUUGUAAUAAAUAAUGAAGGAUUUAGGGGUACGGAUGUUUGCAAAUCUUUGCAGGUGUUUUUUAUGGGCAAAGUUUGAUGUUGUUUUGUAGUGGAACAGGAAUCUACCAAGGAAAGGUUUAUACAGUCGUCUUGAUCCUGAAACUUGUAAGCGAUCAUCAAGAGCCUUGCAGGGGUAACAUUGACGGGUCUUUGGAAAUGGAUCCUGGUCGCUAUGGUCUUCAGCAUGGAUGGGAAAAUAACAGCGCCCUGGAACGGUAUGGUGCGGUCCAUGAACCAAAUUUUCGGGCGGGUAGUUCAUAUGAUGAUAGGAGGUAUCUAGAUGAACGUUUUCCAAGAGAUGACGUGUAUCCAAGAAAUGCCUUCCACCGGGAUGUAUUGGAUAGGGAUAACUAUCCUCCUCCGCCGGCAGCAGUUGGAGUUUGGCCUCAAACAAGAAGACGGAGUUAUGAGGAUGAAUAUCCGCUUGAUAGAGAUUCGAGACGGCAUGAGAAGCCUUAUGUUGAUCCAUAUCCUGAAAUGGAUACGGCUCGUGAAGGUGGCAAAUAUCGUGAGAUUGAUUCAUAUCAGGAAUAUAGUAAGCUACGGGAUGGCUAUCGCAGUGCUGAGCACUACGAUGAUCAUGGAUACGAGAGGCCUCAGAGGUAUGGUGGACGGGAUCGUGAUGAUUAUGCAUAUGAUGAUUAUGACUAUAGGCCUCGUAUUUCCCAGAGCAGGGAGGAUAGCCGUGAGAGAGAUUAUGAUUAUGGAAGGCACAGUUAUGAUUCUGAUUAUGACAGAGGUAGUAGGAGGGAGGGUAGUUGGCGAAGGCGUGAUUCCCGUGACCGAGAAAGGGAGAGGAAAGGCUUGAGUCGAGAAAGGGACCAAAGUCCAUACAAAAGGCAUGAGCGUUCCAGGUCUCGUGGACAUGACGAGCGUGUUAGGUCUAGAUCUCCUCGAAGUCGUAGCCAUGGCCGGAGUCACCGAGAGGACAGUUAUGAUGACGACAGACAUGACAGGACAGAGAGAAGAAGAGACCGUGAUGAAAAACGUCAGCAUGAGCAUUAUUCAGUGGCCCCAUCUGCUACUGUUGUUGUGAAGGGUCUGUCCCAAAAGACAACCGAAGAAGAUCUGUACCAAAUCCUUGCUGAAUGGGGACCUCUUCGCCAUGUUCGUGUCAUUAAGGAACGAAAUUCUGGCAUUUCUCGGGGAUUUGCAUUUAUAGAUUUUCCUUCCACGGGAUCUGCACGUUCGAUGAUGGACAAACUCGGAGAUGAGGGUCUUGUCGUGGAUGGUAGGAAGCUAUUCUUUGAGUACAGUAAGCCAACUGGGGGGGCUGGUGGGCCUCCCUUUGGAUCAGAUGGUUCAUCAAGGUCAGGGCAUACGAACCACAAAAGUACAACAGUUCUCUCUGAUUGGAUGUGCACAAUAUGUGGCUGCAUUAAUUUUGCAAGGAGGACAUCGUGCUUUCAGUGUAAUGAAGCUAGGACAGAUGAUGCUCCUCCAGCAGAUAUGGCAUCAUCAAAUCCUACUCCACUUGGUAAGAAAGGAGAGACAGGUCCCACCCAUGUUUUGGUUGUGAGAGGAUUGGAUGAAAAUGCUGAUGAGGAAAUGCUUCGCUAUGAAUUUUCUAAGCACGCUCCAAUUAAGGAUCUUCGACUUGUCAGAGACAAAUUUACUCAUGUUUCAAGGGGAUUUGCAUUCGUACAUUUUCAUUCGGUUGACGACGCCACCAAAGCCCUCGAGGCAACAAAUGGGACAACACUGGAGAAGAAUGGCCAAAUUUUGCGAGUUGCAUAUGCGAAAAGCAUCCUUGGAUCAGGAUCGGGGGCAUCCUCUUCUCACUCAAGCAGCCUUGCUGCUGCAGCAAUCGAGGCUGCUGCAUUUGCUCAGCAGUAUGAUGCCGUUGGAUGGGCGCCAAAAGAGUAUAAUCCAGAUGACAAACAAUCUAACGGUAGGCAGGACCAGGGUGGAGAACCAAAGGAUGGUUCAGCCCCGCAGUCUGGUUUUGUCUGGGACGAAGCAUCUGGCUAUUACUAUGAUGCUGCUUCUGGGUUUUAUUAUGACGGAAAUACAGGUCUGUAUUAUGAUGGUAAUAAUGGAAUUUGGUAUUCUUACGACCACCAAAGUCAACAAUAUGUCCCAUGUAAUGAUCAAAAUGAUAAAGCAUCUGGAAAAGAGAAUGAAGCCUCCAAGGCGCCUGAUGGUUCUAAUAGUAGAAAAGUAGUUAUAUCUGCACCAGCUGCUACAGUAACAUCAAGUGAAAAGACUACUUCAUUACCGGACGCUGUCCAGGCUGCCGCCGCGGCAGCAAUAGCUGCAGAGAAGAAGGAGAAAGAGAAGAUGAAGGAAAUAAGACUUGCUUCAAAAAGUAGUAUAUUGGCUAGCAAGAAGAAAAUGAGUAACGUACUGUCCAUGUGGAAACAGAGGAGUCACGAGAAUCAAGCACCACGAGUGGCUCUUGAUGGCAAUCAACCAUCUGCCUUGGUAGAAGAAAAAUCUAAUCCUGUAGGACCAUCAACAAAGGUCAAGUUUAAAAAUGAUGCAGUUAUAACGAAAGACAACACGGCUCCCCCAGUUUCUGUGAACACAUCUGUUCAGCCUGCUAGCUUAGAUGCACCACAAGAUAUGCCGAGGCCUGGAGCUAAUGUCUCUGGAGGGACUUUAAGAGGUGUAAUAAGAGGAUCGGGUAGAGGACUGGUGAAAUCAGAUACUACAUAUAUGGGAUCAUCUGCAAAUGUGGCUGUGGGUUCAUCAAUGACCACAGAUGCGCACAAUUCUGCGGUGCCUUUCAGGACAGAUGCAUCUGCUUUAGGUUCUUAUGCACCACCACCAGCUACCGUGAGUGGUAAGAGACGGUUUUCUGAGUUGCCUGUACAGUCAGCUUCAGCCAUUAAAGAGCAGCCUCAUACCACCUAUAGGGAUCGAGCUGCCGAAAGGAGGAGUUUGUAUGGUUCAUCUUCUUUUGGGGAUGAUAUAUCUGAUCUUGGGGUUGGGGAUCCAAAUCGAGAUUCGGCUUUAAAAAGGGGCGCAAUGGAUUCUAUGCCUUUCCCCCCUGGUGUUGGAGGACGUGGAGCUGGAGAGGCUAAUAGCAAUGCCCAGAGCUACGAGGUAAUUACAGCCGAGAAGGCGAUUGAUGAGACUAAUGUUGGCAACCGGAUGCUCCGCAACAUGGGUUGGCAAGAAGGCUUGGGGUUGGGGAAGGAUGGGAGCGGCAUGGUGGAACCGGUGCAGGCGCAAGCGACAGAAAAGAGGGCGGGACUUGGGAGUCAACCAAAGAAGUUGGAUCCGAGCCUUGAGGUGCAAGCCGGUGAUAGCUAUCGGACUCUGAUUCAGAAGAAAGCGCUUGCCAGAUUCCGAGAGAUGUCGUAGGAGGAGGUUGGAUGGUUUAGAGAGUGGUAAAUGAGUAGGAUUGGAAGUUUUAGGCUAUUAUUAUGAGAUAUAAUGCUUCCAUUUUCUAAUGUUGAAGAACAAGUGACAGAAUCAAGAUUUUACUAGUUCAAGUGUAGUGGUUUUGUGAUUUUAGUCUCUUAUUUGUUACUUUGUUUAUGCGUUUUGGUGGAUUGUUGAUACUGAAAAUGUUGAAAUGAGGGGGAUUUUUAUUUCUAU